UACUCCAGGCUAGAGAACCGGGGAUCCGACCGGUAGAGAUUUAAACGAACGAGAUCUCCACGGCGGAUUUACCUCAGUUCGACAAGAUUGUAACGGUUUAUAAUUCUGUUGUUGUUUUUGAAAGGAGGAGAAGGAUAUCGCUCAUGUCUAUGAAGGACAUUCACACUGCCUCUUAAAAAAAGUCUGACAGCUCUGCCUUGCCUUGCUCCAGUGCGGAGGCCUCAUAGGACUAACAGGCACCGGCUGGCUGCACGCCCCCCUCCGCCUCCCUAUUCCGUCACCGUAACGACGGCGGUACCGUUCGGCGCAGCAUCACUCGUUGAGCAGCGGGAUGACGGAGUGAACCAAGCCUCUUCACGUCCUAGACGCAGGAUUCCGCAUGACGGCAGAGACGGAGGAUUCUAUUUGAUUUGUGGAGGAACUGCGUCUUGACAUCCUACUCCGGGGGUACGCUAACCGAUUAAUAUCCUCGCGAAAGGGAGAGAAGGGCCUUAGUAAAACCUCGGCAAUGGGAGCCGUGCGCUCCCGGACUGCGAUCUAAACGUGCCCGUGUCACCGACCGAAAGUGUCGUAAUCAUGGAUCACGAAAACGGCGACCCAGAGGCGGCGGACAUCCCUCUGCAUGGCGUUCAUGCGCCGAACCGGAUCCGGCCAUCAUCAUACCGGGCCCUGCGGAGCGCUGUGUCCAGCCUCGCGCGCAUCGACGACUUCUUCUGCGAGAAAAUAGGCUCAGGCUUCUUCUCAGAGGUGUUCAAGGUGCAGCACAGGAUGACAGGGCAGGUGAUGGCCCUGAAGAUGAACACGCUGGCCAGCAAUAAGGCCAACAUGCUGAGGGAGGUGCAGCUCAUGAACCGACUCUGCCACCCCAACAUCCUCAGGUUUCUGGGAGUGUGUGUACAUGAAGGCCAGCUGCAUGCUCUAACAGAGUACAUUAACGGGGGUAACCUGGAGCAGCUCCUAGACAGUGACAUGUACCUGUCGUGGGGUGUAAGGAUGGCUCUGUCUCUGGACAUUGCCAGGGGCCUGCAGUACCUCCACAGCAAGGGCAUCUUCCACAGGGACCUCACCUCCAAGAACUGCUUGGUGCGCUGUGAGAGCGGGGUGUUCACGGCCGUGGUGGGGGACUUUGGUCUGGCAGAGAAGAUCCCAGACUACAGCGACGGCGUGGAGAAGCAGCCGCUGGCAGUGGUGGGCUCUCCGUACUGGAUGGCUCCCGAGGUGUUGAGAGGAGAGAUCUACAACCAGAAGGUGGACGUGUUUGCGUAUGGAAUCAUCCUGUGUGAGAUCAUCGCUCGGAUAGAAGCCGACCCGGACAUUCUGCCUCGCACAGAGGACUUCGGUCUGGACGUGGACGCCUUCGAGAACAUGAUCGGUGACUGUCCUUUGCCCUUCCUCAGCCUGGCCGUCACCUGCUGCAAUAUGAAUGCAGAGAGGCGUCCCUCGUUCUCCGACAUCGUUGUCACCCUGGAGGGGAUGGACCGAGGGGAGGAGGAGGAGAGGGAGAAACCCACGGCAUCGGAACCAGUCGCCGUCACCGUCAGCCCCUACCGCCGCCGGAGCUCCCCCUUUCGCACGGGGGACCAGCGGUUGUCGCGGAGCCAGUCGGACAUGUUGCCCCCAGCAACGCCUCCGCUGGGGACGCCGGCUCGCGUGAACCCCUUCUCCUUGCGGCAAGAUCUCAACGGGGGGCGCAUCAAGCUGUAUGACACCCCCAGCAAGUCCGUCAUCUCACUGACUUUCACCCUGCCCCCUCCCGCCCCGGACCCCUGCUCCUCCCCCACCCUCCGAGGCUCCCGGGGACUGAGGGGACCCCCCCGUAGGUGCCAGUCCCUGCCCUGCACCCCCGAGCUGGGCCGCACCCUCACCCUGCUGCGAGACCCCCAGCUGCAGAAGGACGUGGCAGUGGAGGAGGGAGGCAAGGAGGACGCGGAGGAGGAAAGGAAGGGAGGAACGAAUGUUGCAGACGAUUCUGGGCUGCCUCUGGAACUGGAGAUGGUGUCUCUGGAAUGCCUCGAAGAGGAGGAGGAGGAGGAGGAGGGCGUGUGUCUAGAAGAGCCUAUGGACUGUAGUAGGUCCCCUGACAUACUGGAGGGUGCUCUUCCUGGUCCAAGAGGGCCACUCCUUGCGCCAUCCUCCUCCCCUUUCUUACAACCCAAUGGCUGGGGCCGUGCCGUUUCCAACGGACCUACUUGCCUACCCCCUUUGCCACGGACAACAACAACUCUGUUGGACAACAACAACGGCUCGCCGGUGGUGAUUGGACGGCCGGGUGGUUGGGGGAGAGGGGCUAACGGCUACUGUUCCCCCCUAGCCGACCCCCCUGUUGGUCCCGCUCCCGAGCAGGAUGAGGUGAUUUCCUGCCCUGGAUGCUGUCUGAUUGGUAUGAGUUUCCCCUCCUUGUGCCCAGGAGGGGCGGGGCCUACCCCUCGUCGCGUUCCAUCCCGUAGAUUGUUCCGGAACCUUAACGGCAGUGAGGUCUCUGCUGCCUCGGCAACCAAGGGGCUGUUAUGUCGCGGGGUCAAGGGCCUGGCCCCUUCCACUGCGUCCUGCGAGCCCGGCCUGCCUCUGCCCGAGGCUCAGACAUAGAGAGGGCGCCCCCGGGAGGGCUGGCUGACCUAUGGCACCCAUGGACAACAGACACCGGGCUGAGGCUUCUGAUUGGCUGCAGGGAGAAGGGGAUGAAUACUACUACCUGAAGUCAGCGAUUAGCCGCGUGUGUGUGUGUGUGUCAAAGAGUGGUAUAACUCGCCACCAUCCUGUGUGCUGUGCUACAGGCUAUCGAGUGAGUGUGUGUGUGUGUGUCAGAGGUGUAUGAGACUGUAUAGACACUGGGUAAGUACUGGGAGUGCUGGGAGGGGCAGGAUGGGUAAUGAGAAGCAGCGUCUUGUCACGUUUCUACAAUCCAGAGGUCCUGCCUCUUCAUGUUUGCAGUGCUCAAGUAGGUAAGUCACUUUCUUUUACUUUGGUCACGUUUUUAGUUUUCUACAGUAUCUCGGGUGCUCUAACUUUGUACUGACAGUUAACAGGUGCUUCUCCUGUUCAUCUUGCCUCAGAUCCACCUCUCUCAGACACCUGCUAUAGGGUGUGUUUGAUUUAGUCUGUGACUUGCCAGCUUAUUUAUUUACUGUACAGAUCAUUCCACCCUGCGUGUGUGUGUGCGUUUAAUAAAGGACAUUUUGUCUCAUGGCCUGUUUUGAUAUGUUAAUAAUGGUUUGCUGGUCAUUUACCUGUACUUAUGUGUGACUGAAGACAGAUUGUGCAAUAAGUUGAUUAAGUUUAUUGUGAGGUGUACGGAAUCUAAUAUUUUUCCUCUGUAUUUUACACUGCUAAGAUCCGCUGCUCCUAUGGUUUUGAAAGGCUGCUUGUUGCUUGUAGACCCAAGGAUCAGAUGCAGCAACCAAGGACCUUUCAAGUUUUAAAAUGGAGCCUUUUGGGGGGUUUUGUAACUGCUUAUGAACAUUCUCUUUCUGAAAAGUUAAUCAUAUAAACACAAAGUCACGUUGCAUGAAAGAUGCGUUGUAAAACCUGUCUAUUUGUGGGCUGCUGCUACUGGUGCAGAAGAUCUGAUGUUCGCCCCAAAAGCUUGGUGUGUUUGUCUUCUCUAGAAGAUCAAAGUUACCAGGGCAGGCAGACCACCACACUGUGGCUUACAGGCUGUGUCUCAAUCCUAUUUUAUAACCUGGCUUGCCUCCUUUAACAUCCCAUGGUUUAGUAGUAUGCACAUACUGCAGGAUUGAGACUCAGCCAAACGCACACCGAUGUGCUGGCAAAGUCACUAUUUAUUAUUGAUAACGUUAGUGCGGCAUGUUCUAUAACGAUCCUUCCAUCAAAUGCAUCCAUCCAAAGAACUGUGAUGUACUGUCCUGUUUUGAUGAUGUCAUGAUGACAGUGAAGCGGCCAGGGUGUCCCACAAUGUAAUGUAUCUCAAAAGGGCAAUAUGUGGUUAAACAUAGAGAUCCAUGUUUAAAAGAAAUCUAUGGACUAGUUGUCCAUAAAACAUCCUAGUUUAGUUACCGGAGUUUAGGACUUUGCUCAUGUACUGUAUGUCAACAUUGCUUGUUGGGACACUGGUGCUUAUACUUAUUAUUUUGGACAAAUAGAUAUUAAAUUAAACAUGAAAGCAUUGUUCAUUCAUAUAAGGAAACUGUCGUAUUGGCAGUAAAUUGUACUUGCUCUCAACGAAAGCUGUAAAGGGAUGGUUGUUAUGUCAAUUAUUUUUUUAAACAUUGUGCAGUAAUACUGGUUUGAAUCAGACGGCAUUGGUACAUUUUUAAUUGAGAGCUGUCCUAUUGGCAAUAAACGAAUGAUACUUCAUACUUCACUUUGGCUUUUCAAUAGUAGUCUCCCCACAUUACUCCAACCGUCUCUCAACACUAGUUUGAAACCAUCUAAAUGAACGACUCUGUUUUUACUUCAACCCUGUCCUUACACGCAACUGCACUUAUGAUUUGCUGUAAUGUUUGUCUUCAUCGCGGGAGGAGACUACUAGCUUUAAUAAAACCCGUUGUACUGAUUUUGUGUUAAAUAUGAACUGAAAAUGUGCUCCUCAACACUGAAUAAAGAUAACUGAAUGUA